AGAUUUACUUCAAUCCCCUAAAAACAGAGGAAAUACAUGCAAAACUAUUUAAGAGGAAAGGGAAAGGAAUUUAUUUUCUCGUAUUUAUCCAAUUUUCUAGGGUUACGUUUUUUUUGAUCGAUCUGAGAGAGGGAGGGUAUGGGUACGGAAGGCGAUUCGAGUGAGUCACGAGUCGGUACCAAUGAAGGAGAAGGUGAGGGAGUGAUGGUCAACAUCCGCUGCUCGAAUGGUACAAAAUUUACGGUGAGGACCAGCCUCGAAUCAACUGUUGGAGUUUUCAAAUCUGUUUUGGCUCAGAAUUGCGAUGUCCCAGCUGAUCAGCAACGUUUGAUUUAUAAAGGGCGAAUCUUGAAGGAUGGCCAAACUCUUCAAAGUUAUGGUUUGCAAGCUGAUCAUACUGUCCACAUGGUUCGUGGUUUUGCCCCAUCUUCAUCUGUACCACCUCCCACGGCUGCCACAAAUGUUGGAACUCCUAAUACUACACCAGGGGUCACACGAGGUGUUGGUUCUAAUGAGGGUGCUGGUGUGGGGGUACCCUCAUUCCCUGGACUUAAUGCACUUGGUGAAAAUGGAGGUUUUGGUUUGUUUGGAUCUGGACUUCCCGAAUUUGAGCAAGUACAGCAACAACUAACUCAAAAUCCGAACAUGAUGAGCGAACUAAUGAAUGCACCUGCUGUUCAAAGUUUGAUGAAUAACCCAGAGUUAAUGCGUAGUUUGAUUGCAAGCAAUCCCCAAAUGCGUGAGAUCAUUGAUCAGAAUCCAGAGCUUGGGCAUAUACUUAAUGAUCCUAGCAUUCUUCGACAGACAUUCGAAGCUGCAAGGAACCCUGAACUCAUGCGUGAAAUGAUGCGAAACACUGACAGGGCUAUGAGUAAUAUUGAAUCCUCUCCUGAGGGGUUUAACAUGCUCAGGCGUAUGUAUGAAAAUGUUCAGGAACCAUUUAUGAAUGCUACGACUGGAAACGAUGGAAAUAAUCCAAGUACAAACCCAUUUGCAGCUUUAUUGGGCAAUCUAGGUGAUUCUCAAGCUAGGGCCUCUCCUAACAACACUUCUGCACAUGGUUCUGAAACGACUCAGGGACAAACUAACCCAAACACAAAUCCUCUUCCUAACCCAUGGGGCAACACUGUUGGUGGUGGGGGGGCCCAGACCAAUGCUACUGCAAGGUCAAAUCCUGCUGGGGAUGCUAGGGCACCAGGUCUUGGUGGUCUUGGACUUCCGGAUAUGCCGCCCAUGUUAAAUGGAAUGCCAGAUGCAUCUCAGUUGACUCAAUUGUUGCAAAACCCAGCUGUAUCACAAAUGAUGCAGAGCUUAGCAUCUAAUCCCCAAUAUAUGAAUCAGAUUAUGAAUAUGAACCCACAACUACGUGGAAUGUUUGAUUUGAAUCCUCAAUUAAGAGAAAUGAUGCAAAACCCGGAAGUACUUCGUCAGAUGUUUUCCCCCGAGACAAUGCAGCAAAUGCUGGCUCUACAGCAGUCACUUCUGUCCCCGCUCAAUCGACAGCAGUCAACACAGGAUUCAGCACAGACUGGUGCUACUACAGGUGCCCCAGGUACUGCUGGUCUGGAGUCAUUGAUGAAUAUGUUUGGUGGUCUAGGUGCUGGUAGCCUGAGUGUUCCCAACCAACCUGAUGUUCCACCAGAAGAACUGUAUGCUACACAAUUAUCACAACUCCAAGAAAUGGGUUUCUAUGAUACAGUAGAGAAUAUCAGAGCACUACGUGCUACCGCUGGAAAUGUCCAUGCUGCGGUUGAGAGGCUUCUGGGGAAUCCCGGGCUGUAAUUCCUCCUCAGAUUAUCAAUGCUCUUAAAUUUGAACAAGAACUCUCAUGUAAGACGUGUAAGAUUAGUUGAUUUAGCUUGCUGCCUUAGCAAACCUCAGAUUAUGCCGAUGCCUUUUCCGUCAUGUUUACCUUGUUUAAUGAGCUAGUAAACAAUAUGAUAUACCCUGAGAACUUGAUAUUGGUCUCUAUGCAGUCUUGGAUCUUGCCUAUGUACAUACACCUUGGAUUAUUCUUUUUUAUCCCCUAAUUUCAAGAACUU